AUGGAUUCAGGGUUCUAUCAUUCCUACUCACUUGGCCAGUCAUCAACAGAGUCGUCAAACAUAAGCAAUACUUCGGCCGAGACAGCGCGAACAACUCUUCCAGCGCAAAACAUCGACGAAACCCUCACAACAGCUGGCUUUGUAUCAUUUGCUUGCCAUGUUGCCUUCCUGGAGGAGAGGCUGCAUCGUGGAGAUGACACCAAAUUCUUUGAUGGCCAUGAGAUACAGACGACAGCCCGUUUUCCUGCUGGAGGCGGAGGCUUCUUUACUGUUGACCGGGCGAGGUUGACAAAUCAACCUAAUGAUGGCAGAGAGAUUGUCGCUAUCAAGACUGCCAGGGAUCAGUCCGGAGACCCCUCGAGGUGGAAAGACAUUCUACUUGAAGUACGAGCCUUGCUUCACGAGCCUUUGCGAUACCAUCCCAACGUUGUGCACCUGCUCGACUUUGGAUGGUCACAUUCUUCAGAAACCGGCUCGCCUUUUCCGACUCUUGUCCUCGAGUAUGCUGACUUUGGUACUCUUGACGAUCUCCAACUCAAGAGCGAGUCACCGCUUCCCUUUCGGAUCAAGCAAAAGCUCUGCUACGAUGUCGGCCGUGGACUUUCAAUUCUUCACGCCUGUGGCAUAGUUCACGGUGAUUUGAAACACAACAACGUCCUCGUGUUUAGAAACAGAGAGGGGUAUCCCCCUGAUCAGCCAUACACGGCCAAGCUCGCAGAUUUCGGUGGAGCUAUCAUGGAUAUUGGACGGGACGCUGGUCAUUCUUUACGGAUGACGACGGUUCCAUACGACGCGCCUGAAUCAGGCCAGGCACUUACUGUUGAUGGUAUUAAAGCCACCGACACGUAUUCGUUCGGAAUGCUGAUUUGGAGAACCUUCAUCGACUGCCAGGACCUGUUGGUCGCCAUCGGUUUCAAACAGGCCUCUACACCCUUGUCUGGCGACGAGAGGGCAACACUGAAACAACUCAAGAGAUCCGAGUCUUUUCUUCAGAUGGCUCUUGGAACAGUAGAAGCAUACGGUCAAUCACGGUCCUUACCAGGAGAGGCGGUCGACAUGGUCACGGACGCGAUGAAUGCAACACUCACUCUUAACCCAGCCUCACGAUCCCUAGUCCAGGCUCAAGCCAGGUUACGAGGCAUGUCGAGGGAGCAAGUCGAAGAUUACACCUUCGCUCUUGAACGCGAGAAUGCUAGCCGAAAGGAAAUGGAGCGGAACCGCAUUCCCGGCCAGCGUGCAAUCGACAUUGAUAGUGUGGGCUAUGCCCUAGGUCGGUUUGGCCGGACUUACGACGCUCAACAGAACCUCCCAGGAUGUCGACCAGAUCUUCCGGCUCCUGCCCUUGGUGGAUUUCUAUUUGAUCCUUUCAAGCUCAAAAAUCUUCUGGACUGGUCUCAGCAAGUUGCGAUGGUCAGAGAACUGGAGCAGCUUGCCGAGUCUUCGUCGUUUGAGGAGGAAUCGGCUGAGAUUCAACCAUGGACAGCCUCAUACCACCUCUUCCAAGCAUGUCUGAGCGGAUUUGGAAUGCCGAUUAACCUCGAAAGAGCCUGCCAUUGGCUAUGCAAAGCAUCCAAGGCGGAUUUCGAGUGCGCGGAUACUGAUUAUUUGGCCAAGGCCUGGUUGACCAGACUUUGCAACGCAGCGGGCGUAGCUUGUCCGCUGACUCCAGAUGAACAAGUUGAUGACUUGUUCUGGAGCAUCGUCCGCGGCCAUCGACAUUGCAUUGAGGACAGUGAGUUGGUGAUGCCUCGUUUUCCUAACCCACACCAAGCCACAGCUGUCCAGUCACGCAUUAGACAGGCAGUCUCGGUAAACAAGGAGUUGACGGGCGGAACUGGCAUGCCACAUUAUGCGCCCCGCAUGAUGAGUCGUACAUGGGAUCUAUUCAACUUUGAAGCUCUGGAUGAGGAUAUCCGGAUGGAACUUGGUCCCGAGUAUGAAUCUUGUCUUCGGUCUACGGACAAAUCACGGGAAGAAUCAGAGGCAUCCAGGUUUGACAAGAUAUACGUCAACAAGCGUGGUCACGGCCUUCUUCACUACGCCGCCGCCGUCGGCAACGUCAACGCUCUCAGACAUCUACUGAGCAAGUACAGAUGCAACAUCAACUUGCCAAACCAGUCAUUCUCCGAAACUCCCUUAGUCUGCGCCUGUAGAGCUGGACAAUACGACUCUGCCAAGUUCCUCCUUGAAAACGGCGCCGACCCCAACGGCUCGGACUCUAGUCAAGAAGCGCCCCUCCACUGGAUCUCCAGAUUUGGGAGAGCUGAGAUGCGACUCACUACGAAGCGUCUUGUCGAUGCUGGGGCAGACAUUUCGAGGAUAACUGGUACGAUGAGAAAAGACGUUCGCCGGAUCUUUUCCGACUGGGAAGACAGGCUGAACCUGCCUCUUACACCGCUAGGUCGGGCUGUUCUGAAUAACAGCUUGACUGCCGUCAAGACUCUGCUCGAAAUUGGCUCGGCGGAUCCUAUGGAGAAGACCACUCGAAAAGAGGCUGUGAACUUGUCGCCUAUUGAGCUUGCCGCCCUACUGACCCUUCCUGAAAUUCUACAAGAGCUUCUCAACUAUCAAGACAGCAGAGGUGGCCAGGUCAAGGUACUUGACGAGUUGGAUCUGCUCGACAUGGCACGCGACAUCUCCGACAAGGGGGCAGCAGACCCUUUGACACUUCAUAGCAGACUUGUGCGUUGUGGAGCACGCUACAAAGAAUGGCUUUCCUGUACUCUCAGGAUUCUUCACAACCGACGUAAAAGCCAGGAUUCAGAUUCACAGAGCCAAUCAGCUUGGAUGCUGAAGAGUGCAAGAUGUUUAUGCAGGGAAGUUGAGCUGGGCAACCUUGAUAUCGUUCAAGCCCUCCUUGACCUGGGCCAUGAUAUCAACGGUUUACCAGGGCAUCGCCCAUUGGCUACAGCUGUCCGAUCGAACAACAAAGGCAUGUUCGAGUUGCUCGUCUCCCACGACGCCAAGCUAUCUUUUGACGACAAGGAAGAGUCGCUUCUUCAAACUUUUGCUGCAAAGCCACGAACGUCUCCAGACGAUUUGCUCAUCGCAAGGUUCUUGAUUGAGAAUCUAGUCCCAGUUGAAGCAACAGGUGGAGAAAGACCUUCGCCCCUCGCAUCAGCUAUCAAGAACGGUUACUUCCCCCUCGCUGACCUCCUCUUAGCCAACGGUGCUAGUGAGAGCGUGAACCACUUUUACCAGUGGGAACCGACAGGAGGCUUCAUGUCUGUUCUGGGGAUCCUUUUGCAGUCUCACACUUACUCCUCAUUACUGGCGAUUGAGUAUUUGGCAAAGAAGCACGAAGAGGGUGUUAUAACCUUGGAACCGCUCGUGGACUUGACGAAAGAGCUCAGUGUCGUGCAUAUGCUUGCUCUACACGAUCCAGGCCAGAUGAAUUCUCGACAGCAAAUAUCCUCACGAAUCAUUCACCGAAUACUUGAGCUAUUCCCCGCGCCUGAAAGCUUGAAAGAGCGUGCUGUUCAUCAAGAGCACGGAACUCCCCUUACGGCAGCAAUCAUGGCUGUUAACGUCGAUGUCGUAUCUGCACUUUUAGAAUCAGACUACCAGAGCGACCUCAACAAAAUGGUCAAGCUGCCAUCGCUACCAUCAAGCCUUGGCAUGUCAGACGGCGCGUUGCCCAUCGCAUUGGUCUUUGCAAGAUUUGCACAGAGCGUCCAGGUUUUUCUCGCACAGUCCACGAUGAACCAGGACAUAUAUGACGAGCUCAAGAACAUAGAAAGGCUUGGAUACACGCUCUUCAACACGGCAUCAAGUCUACAGCAUGAGGGCACCUCUGUUGAUACUCAGUUGGACCCCACUUCAUUACCACAGAGCUGGCAACAGCUGCACGCCCUCAUACUGACAAAGAAGUUUCAAAUGGAGCACAAGCCACAGUUGCAGAAGGACAUGUCUAAUCUUUCAUUGGGUGAUGCAGCUGGAGGGUCAGAAUCUGACCAACAUGAGAGCAAUUCUGAUGAAAUGCCUGUUAGUCUUGCUCAACUGACCAAGGACAAGAGUAGGAAUUGGUGGGACACACCUGAGGAGUAG